AUGGAACUUCCUACACCUUCUGAACAUCCAAACACUCGCAAAGAGAAGCUUCUUCAACGUAUUCAAGCUUCUCGGUCAUGGCGUGCUGCACAUGCUGCUGCUGCAAUGGCCAUUCCUUCACUUCAUUCUCGGGAUUCCGAUAAUGACAUUGAGACCGAGAACUCUGACAAUCUCAUAGAUCCCAACAGACUCGUAUUACGUGUAAUGGUCUCUAAAGCCGUUAAUAUCAAUCCUUAUGGCGAUGACACUAUUCUUGCCAGCCCUUAUGCCAUCGUAAGCUGUGCGGGUCAAAGGCACCAGACUCAUGUAGUUCAAAAAUCCGCAGAACCAGAUUGGUCGUGCACCUUUGACCUGCCCUUGGUAGACAAAUCAUUUGGACAGAAGCAACAACAUCUUCUUUGGUCCAAUGGACUAGUCGUGACUGUGUGCGACAAGGUUCGCUUCCGAUCAACUUAUCUCGGCCAAGUGCAACUUCCUGUCGACCACUUGUUUGAACCCAAAGAUGUUCUUGACUUUGAAGACUCCAACAACGAGAUACGCUGGUACCCUUUGCACUCAACACCGCUUCGUCACCACCGAUUCUCGGUGCGUCUCCACAAAGGGCUUUUGGAUAUCCAAGAACGUCAAGGAACCGAGGCCUGGAUUGGCCUAAAGAUUGGAUUGGUUGUCUUGGACCAGCCAGCAUCUGAACCACUUGAUCCUCUUGUCCUCCAAGAAACAUGGGAACUCUUCUUGGCCCUGAACCCGCUUUCUCCGAACCAGCCCAAAGCCGAGUCGCCUGAGGCACCAAAGAAGUCCGUGAAAGACGAACUCGAAUCACUUGCCAUUAGCUACAAAGAAAAGCCGAUUGUCAAAUCAAUCAAGGAACGACUCCAGAAAGCUACAAGAAAUAAGGUGGCAGAUUUUGACAAAUCAACAAUAGGUGUUGUGUUUAUGGAAAUCAUGCACGCCAAUGAUCUUCCACCCAUUAGCAACAAGGCACACACUCGGUUCGAUAUGGAUCCUUUUGUGAUCACUUCAUACGGAACCUCCACCUUCCGUACCCAAGUGGUCCAGCACGACCUAAACCCUGUGUGGAACGAGAAGCUCUUUUUUCACGUGCGAGACAACGAGAGCACCUUUCGUCUGAAAUUCAGUAUCUAUGAUGAAGACAAAUUCACUACCAACGACCUGGUGGCCACUCAAGAGAUUCCUAUCUCAGAGAUCAUCAAGCUCUGCUCUUCAGAUGUCAUCCAGACCAACCCUGAAAAAAUAAUGGAUACUGACAUGCAACAGCAUACUGUCAAUUUGAAACUAGCAGACAACUCAGAUAAGUGGAGUCACCUAAGCCCCUCUCUCACAAUCCGCGUCAAGUUUUUGACGUAUGAGGCUAUUCGCAAGACGUUCUGGACAACCCUGGCCAAGACCUACGAUGCUGACGGAAACACCACCUUGAGUAGAAUGGAAGUCACUACAAUGCUAGAGAGUCUUGGGUCAACCCUGUCUGAGUCUACGCUGGAUGCAUUCUGGGAGCAGCACUCAAAAGAUCUUGAAGAGGACCUAACCGUCGAUGAGCUUGUGGAAAGUCUUGAAGAGUUCGUGCUGUUGACCGACAAAGCAUCAUCAGGAUCCAACGACGGCAACCUGUCAGACUCAAUUGGGCAUGGUCUGGAGGAUGGGUAUGAGUACCCUGAUCAUCAUGUUCACACCACACCUGAAACAGAUGUCCUUCAUGAGGCCACCGGUGUUCAGUACGUGGCUGCUUCCGAGUCUAGUCUGUUGAACGAUGAUCUCAGGGCAGAAGAAGAAGAGCAAGACACUAGCGUGGUUGAUGAAAGGGUCAUUCAUAUUUCAAAGUGUCCGAUCUGUCAUCGACCAAACAUGUCUCACCAUGACCAGAUGGAUAUUCUCACACACGUAGCCACUUGUUCCGCCAAUGAUUGGACGUCGGUUGAUAGAUUCUUGAUGGGUGAUUUUGUGACAGAAGCAUAUGCCCAGCGUAAGUGGUUUGUAAAACUUGCUACCAAAGUAGGCUAUGGCACAUAUUCCCCAGGAGCAAGCAACGCAAAUAUUAUUGUCCAAGACAGAGCUAGUGGUCAGCUAGUUGAAGAACGUAUGAGUGUAUACGUGAGAGUUGGAAUGCGUUUGAUGUACAAGGGAAUGAAGACCAGCGUUCAAUCAAAGACAGCUCAACGUAUCAUGCACACAAUGUCCAUUAAGCAAGGAGAGAGAUACGAUGCUCCUCAAUCUGCUAGUGAGAUCGAAUCUUUUGUAAAGUUCCACCAAUUGGAUCUUGGUGAAACAAAGGAGAGUCUGUCUUCUUUCAAGACAUUCAACCAGUUCUUUUAUCGUGAGCUCAAGCCUGGAGCACGUCCAUGCGACUCUCCUGACGACAGCUCUGUAGUAGUUAGUGCAGCGGAUUGUCGAAUGAUGGCUUUUGCUACCAUCAACGAUGCCACUCGCCUUUGGAUCAAAGGAAUUGAGUUUGGUGUUGCCAAGUUGUUCAACGAUGGUAAGAGGGCCAAGGUGUACGAUGGAGGCGCACUGGCGAUCUUCCGAUUGGCACCUCAAGAUUAUCACAGAUAUCAUUCUCCUGUGGAUGGUGUGAUUACAGAUAUUACUUAUAUUGAGGGACAGUACUAUACUGUUAAUCCAAUGGCCAUUAGAACUACAUUGGAUGUGUAUGGUGAAAAUGUACGAUGUGUGGUCCACAUGGAAUCGGAAGAAUUUGGAAAUGUGGCGAUUGUGUGCAUUGGUGCCAUGAUGGUUGGAUCGAUCGUACUGACAGCCAAGGUUGGAGACAAGCUGAGCCGAACUGAUCCUCUGGGUUACUUUGCAUUUGGUGGAAGCACGAUUGUGGUUCUGUGGGAAAAGGACAGAAUUGUGUUUGAUGAUGAUUUACUUGAGAAUUCAGCAAAGGCUUUAGAGACCUUGGUUCGUGUUGGCAAUCAUAUUGGUCACCGUUAAAUUUCAUUAUUACUACUAUUAUUGUUAUUGUUAUUAAUAUUUCUUUUGUUGAGAUC